GUCAGUGCGUGUAUUCGAAUGAUAUCCGCCGCCAUGGCGCCAUUGCUGUUGCGACAUAUGUAGCGUGACAAGUCAUGUCAUUUUUGUUCUUGAUAUAUGAAAAACUCCAAUGGCAGAUUCUUUUUUCGGGUUCGAUACUUCGUUUCCGAACCUAAAUGACGAUGAAGGUGGUGGGGGGCCUUCAGAGGAUGAGUAUGAUGCACUCAACGAUGAGACCUUUGGACAGGAUUCGGACGAGCUGGACUGGGAGGUGGAGCAUGAGCAGCUGGCGGAGCAGCUGGAGAGCAGCCGGCGACACCACACUCACAUAGACGAUGACAACCUGCAGCUCGAGGCAUCCCUGUCCAAGUUGGUGCUGGACGAGCCGGAGCCGGUGCGCCUCUCCCUGGGCUCCUCCGUGUGGCGGCACGACCUUUCCUUCCCCACACCCGCGGCUGCCACACCUGUGCCACCGCUCAAAAAUGUGUGCACGGUGGAGGAGCUGGAGAGACAGCUCCGACAGGGCCAAGUGCAUCAGCAGCUGCAGCCCCAGCAGCAGCAGCAGGCAGCUUUCCCAGGACAGAACUACUAUCAGCAAAGAUUUCCAACCAUGAUUCUACAAAGACCUCCAGGACUCCAGGCGCCGGUCCCUCUGCCCUUUGCGCCGCAGCAGCCCAUAGGACACAACAACAGUCAGAUGAGCGCGCCCCUAAACAACAUAGUCGGACAAUCCGGACAAAUGAACCAAAUGACUCAAGGAAAUCAAGCAAUGCAAAACCAUAUCAUGCAGAAUGUCAACUCAUUGGGUCAAAAUAUGGGUCAGAUGACACAGAAUGCCAAUCACUUGAAUCAAAUCAAUCAAAUGACACAAAACAACCCGUUCAUGCAGAACAAUCAAGUGAACCCUCAGUUUCAGAAUAACCAAAUGGGACAGACUAUGAUGAAUCAAAUGCAACACAAUAUGCAGAAUGUUCAUCAGAUGAGCCAAUCCAACCAUAUGCUACAAAACCAGAUGGGACAGAAUAUGAGCCAAAUGGAUCAGACUAUGGCGCAGAUGAGCCAAAGCAUGAACCAGAUGUUGUCUAACGGCAGCCAGUACGGCCCGGGAAUGAAUCAGUUCUCUCACAUGCUGGGCCAGUCCCGGAUCCCGCCGCCUCCGGGGAUGGGAAUGCAGCGACAAAAUUUUACUCCAAGUAUGAACCAAUUUAAUCCUAAUUUUCGUGGCCCGAUGUCAACUAAUAAAGCAACAGAACAACAAACACAAAUAAAUCAGAAUAUGAUGAUAAACCAACAUCUAAAUAAUCAACCUCUGAUAAAUCAGAAUAUUGUCAAACCUGUAAUGAACUCCCAGCAGAUGACACAACAAAAUCCACAGCAACUGGCCAAUCAGCAAAUCACUGCGCAGCAUAAAAACUCCCAGCAAAUCAACUCCCAGCAAAUGAACUCGCAGCAAAUGAACUUGCAGCAAAUCAACCCCCAGCAAAUGAAUCUACAGCAAAUGAACCCCCAGCAAAUGAACCUACAGCAAAUGAACACCCAGCAAAUGAACCUACAGCAAAUGAACUCACAGCAAAUGAACCCACAGCAACUGAACCCACAGCAAAUGAACCCACAGCAAAUGAACCCACAGCAAAUGAACCCACAGCAAAUGAACCCACAGCAAAUGAACCCACAGCAAAUGAACCCACAGCAAAUGAACCCACAGCAACUGAACCCACAGCAACUGAACCCACAGCAAAUGAACCCACAGCAAAUGAACCCACAGCAAAUGAACCCACAGCAAAUUAACCCACAGCAAAUGAACUCGCAACAAAUGAACCCACAGCAAAUGAACUCGCAACAAAUCAACUCACAACAAUCAAACUCACAGCCUAUGAAUUUACAAAUGAAUCCUCAACAGACCAACAUAAAGCAAACAAAUCAGCAAAUAAACUCAAAAGCAGCGAACACGCAGCAAAUGAACGUGCAACACAUCUCGCCGCAGAACAAAGGCAACCAAGCUGCUCUCAAAGCUGUCGCCAACCAGAGGAAUGAGAAAGUGCAGAAGAGCAGAGUGUACAACAACACAAACACUAAGAUGAUGACGUCACAGAACCUGGCCAAGUUCCUCAUACAGUCGACGUACCCCGUGCUGCCGUACACCAGCUUCCACAACGCCAGCCAUCACCCCAUGCUGAACCGGGGGGCCGUCUUCACCAACAGCCAGCUCAUCAACAACCACCCCAUGUUCAACAAUCAACGCUCCAAUGGCACAUUUAAUCAUAUCAACAGGCACAUGAUGAACGGAGACGACAACGAUGUUGGUGGUGCGGGUGGUGCGGGGGGCGAGGUGGACGAGUACGCGGGCCUGAUGACGGCGCGCGAGAAGCAGUGGCUCAUCAACAUACAGAUGCUGCAGCUCAACACCGGCACCCCAUACAUACACGACUUCUAUUACACCGUAUUCCUCGAGCGGCAAUCGAAUAAAGAGAAGGAGGGCAUCAAAGAAGCACACAAAGCUAACCAGCAAAAUCAUCCCUUCUACAGCGGAGGGGUGAAGCAGGAGGCGGGGCGGGAGCGGCACAACUCGCACCGGCACAACUCCAGCAGCGAGGAGGCGGCGCCCCGACAGUACGUGCCCACGCAGUUCGAGAACUCGCUCGGCAAGCUGCAGUGCGGCAGCGUGACGGCGCCGCGCAAGAUAAUCGACGUGGAGGUGGUGUCUGCCGAGCCCGCCUCCGGCCGCACCUCGCGCGCCCCCAGCGUCGCCAGCACCACCAACCCCGCCGAGGUGCCGCGCGAGGUGCGCCGCACGAAGCAGGUGCUGCUGGACAUCGAGGCGCUGUACGUGACGCUGCUGCGCCUCGAGGAGCUCAACGACCCCCUCGCCAUCGCCAACGCGCUCAUUCUCAAGGAAAGAGAAGAGAAGCAGAAGCAGCUGGAAGCGGCGCAGAAGGAGGCGAUGGAGAACGAGGCGGAGGACGAGUCCAACCUGUUCCUCAAGAACAUAGAGUCGGUGCAGAGGAGGCCCAAGCAGGACAGCCCCAAGAGUGAGAGCAUAGACAAGAGACAGGUGGUGAACCUGGCGGUGAGCCAGAAGCCGCCGCCGGUGAAGAACCUGCUGGACGAGGACCGCGAGGAGCUGCUGGGGCGCAUGUUCGCCGCGCUGCUGCACGCCGACCGCCUGCCGCAGAUACUGGCCGUGCGCAAGGGCAGGGCGCUGGUGGCGCGGUUCGCGAGCCGCGCGCCCGUCGGGCACGUGCGCAUGCGCGCGCUGUGGUCGCGCGUGCUGCGCGCUCUGCCGCACGCCGCGCGACGCGACGACGGCGGUCUGGCCGCGCUCGCCCCGCACUACCGCAGGUACAUCCAGAACACGACCGCCUGGUCGCCGGUGCUGGAGUCGUGCGCCAUCCUGGCGGAGACCAUCGACCCCGCGCGCACCCCGCACGCCCUCACCACGCCCUUGACGCUGAGCUGCGUGUGCGCGAUGCUGGAGAAGGCGGCCACGCUGGUGAACACCCCGGAGGCGACGUCCAGCGAGCGCCAGUGGUACAAGUUCCUGAAGAGCCUCGCGCGCGCCCUCAAGAACACCGGCCUGGCGGUGGCGCGGCCCCUGCAGCCGCUGCCCGACUCCAAGGUCCUGCUUCACCUGAAGCAGCUCGACUCCAGGAGCACCAUCGAGAUCCUGCAACGGGGCAGAACCACCGCCGAGUUCGCGGACCUCACCAAGGCGGACGUGUCGGAGCAGCUCGUGAAGCAUCUCUGCUGAUACAAACAUGACAGUCAUGUCAACAGACACAGAGAGAGAGAGAGAGAGAGAGGCCUACAUUAUUUGGACGACAGUAAUUAUUUUGCAUAGUAAAUGAUGACGGUUUAGUUUAGUGAAAAGUUACGAUUUACUUUUGCCAACGUUCUCGAUGAAUGUGUUUACUCCUACACGGUAACAGUGCGGCGAGAUGGCGGGCCGGGGGCAAACAUUAACUUAAUCUUUUUAUAAUAAUUGUGUACAUUCACAUCUUUUAUUUUAAUAUUUAACUUAAUUUUGUUGCUUUUUAACAUAACAUUUGAUUUACAUUACUUUUAAUUUAUAAGUGACAUUUGGUGGACGAAAAUAUUUUAGUAAAUUGUGAGUUUGUAAAAAAGGGUUUUAAUCAAUGCAAAAUGUUGACAAAUUGUCAUUCUAAUAUUAUUUAUGAACAGAAUGACAAAAUGACAAAAUGGUCGCGUUUCAUCAUUUUACGUUGUUUAUAAAAAAUGGAACAAGAAACAUUUAUUUAAAUAACUACAUUGUAAAUAUUAAGAUCGGAGAGAAAUCGUUAAUGCUUUUAUAUUCAGAUAUUUGUGAGAUGAGGCAGAGGACGGCAGAGGACGGCAGAGGAAGGCAGAGGAAGGCAAACCAUUGGAUUUUAUAUAUGGAUGAAAAUAUGUUUACAAUCCAUUUAAAUUCGUGGGGACAUUUUUUUUAUAUAAAAGUUGUGGAUUGAUUUUUGAAAGUUUAAAAAUGUAAAGUUUAGAAAGAGUGCGAUCAGAGAGAGCGAUAGUCUUUGUGUCAGUCAGUUCUUCAGGGCAAAUGUGAUAAACAAUGGAAAAAUCAAUCCACAAGCGAGAUGAGACGAGACGAGAUGAGACGAGACGAGACGAGACGAGACGAGACGCAACAAAACCACAUUUCGACAUUUGUUUCAGGUUAAUGUGUUUUUGGGAUAAGAUGAAAUUGUUUGUCCGUGUCGUUGUGUUGUGUUGUGUUGUGAGUUAGCUUUCAUCAUCAUUUGUAAAUGUUACUUACACAAAUUGUACUGUACAGUAACUUGUUGUUGUUGUUGUUGAUGUUGUUGUUGCGUUGUGUUCUCACAACCUCUUGUGUCUAUUGUAUUGUGUGGGGGGGAGGGGAGAGGGGAGGGACAUAUAUAAAUGAAAUGUAAGAAAUGACCGAUGGGUUCGCGAUUUGGGACAGAUGUCGUGACAAUUAUAUUUUGAAGCGUAUUUGGAAAUGUUUAUUUACACUUGUAAAUCUGUUUUAAAGGAAUCAACAAAUUAUUUUAUAUAGUAUCGUGUAAGGGAAGCUUGAAUAGAGUUUAUGUGGGUCCGAGGCGGGCCGCGUGUAAUGUCUUCAUUUGUGUAAAUAAUGUUUGCGAAAGUGUAAUUAGGUACAGGUAGUGCACGGACAGAGAGGAGGACCAGAGUGUGUACAACAAACGGCACACUGCGAUUGUGUAAAUAAAAGGGCGGGUUGUUGCGCUUCAUUAAACCGUAAGCAUAUCUUAUUUUGUUAUUACAACCUUUUUUAUUUUGUAAAUUAAUCUAUUCAUAUCCAGCUCAUGUAAUGGAAGGAAAUAUAAAGUUUUUUUUACUACCUAUUAGUAGUUUUUAGUUUUUUUUUUAAUCAG